AUGUCCAUGAAGCGUCUCGCUUCGCUGGCCUCGAGACUUGUCCGCCGCCACCGAUUCAGCUUUGUCAUAUCCAAAAGUGCCUGGCAUCCCACCUCCCACAUGACGAACUUUGAACGAACGGGCGGACAUAAUCGAGCCCCGCCUGGGCCUCUUCCAUCAAAGCAGGGACGUACAAACCCUGUGGGAGAGGUUCAGGUGGGUGCUAUUGAUGAGAACUCGUCACCUGACCGUGGAACCCAUGGUGGCCUUGCUGUUGCCUCCUGA